AUUUUUGUGUGACUCUGUCUUGUGACGUCGGCGCGACUUCGGGCGGAUAGAAUAAUAAUUCCGCGCUCGUCUACAAAAUGUGAAUCAGUGAAGGUCGCGGAGCCCGUUGCCAAUUACUUCGCUAGCUGCGUGCCACAUAUUGUUUACGGGUGUGCGCUCGGCCGCAUUUACGUAACCUAUCGAUCCGAGGGGGCUCGCCUCUCAGCUGUGAGCGAUGUUGAAUUUGUGUUCGAAAGUGAAGAGCGCGAGGCCGCUGGAGCGAUGCUUCGCGAGCGUGGUGGAGCUGCCGAAGCUGCAGGACUUCGGCGUGCAGAACGAGCCCGUGUUGGGGUAUCGCGCCGGGAGCAAGGAGCGCGCCGCGCUCGAGGAUGAGCUAAAGAAGACGGCGGCCGUCACCGAGGACGUGCCCAUCGUCAUCGGCAACGAGAACAUCAAGGAUGGCGAGCCGCGCUACCAGGUGAUGCCGCACAACCACGGUAAAAAGCUCGCUAAAUUCUACUACGCAUCCGAGAAGACUAUCCAAAAGGCUAUCGGGGUGAGUGUGGAGGCGCAGGCGCGCUGGGACCGCACGCCGUACGAGGAGCGCGUGCGGAUCUGGGAGCGCGCGUCGGAGAUGAUGGCCGGCGCGCACCGCCAGCGCCUCAACGCCGCCACCAUGCUCGGCCAGUCCAAGUCCGUGGUGCAGGCCGAGAUCGAUUCCGCCGCGGAACUCAUCGACUUCUUCCGUUUCAACGUUUUCUUCUUGAAGGAAAACGCGAAAUAUCAACCCAUCUCGGAAAAUCCUAAAGUAACCAGGAACUCCAUGAGGUUCCGUGGAAUUGAUGGUUUCAUUGCUGCCAUCAGCCCCUUCAACUUCACUGCUAUUGGUGGUAACCUCGCUUACACUCCAGCUCUGAUGGGCAAUGGAGUUGUCUGGAAGCCAUCUGACACUGCUGUCCUUUCUAAUUGGAGAAUCUUCAACAUCAUGCGGGAAGCGGGCUUGCCUCCAGGUGUCGUCAACUUUGUGCCUGCCGAUGGACCUACCUUCGGCAAGACUAUUACUUCAUCCCCGCAUCUUGCUGGUGUCAACUUCACCGGUUCUGUGCCCACUUUCAACUGGAUUUGGGGAGCAGUAGCUAAGAACUUGGACCGCUUCCGCAACUAUCCCAGGCUCAUCGGUGAAUGUGGGGGCAAGAACUAUCACUUCAUUCACCCGACUGCCGAUGUUGAGUCUGUAGUGACAUCUACCAUCCGCUCAGCCUUUGAAUAUUGCGGCCAGAAGUGCUCCGCUUGCUCCCGGAUGUAUGUCCCCAGAUCCCUGUACGAACCUAUCAAGGCAGGUCUGGUGGCGGAGCGAGCCAAACUCAAGGUUGGAGAUGUCAAUGACUUCAGCGUGUUCAUGGGGGCGGUUAUUGACGACAAGGCGUUCGCUAGGAUUACAGGUUACAUCAAGAAUGCCAAGAAUAACCCCAAGAACAAGAUUCUGGGCGGCGGAGAGUUUGACGACAGCAAAGGCUACUUCGUACAGCCAACGAUCAUCGAGACGACCGACCCACAUGACAAGCUCAUGGUGGAGGAGAUAUUCGGCCCCGUGCUCACUAUGUACGUGUACGAGGACAAGGAUCUCAUGCAGGCACUGUCUCUUGUAGGGUCCUCAACUAAGUUCGCUUUGACUGGCGCCGUCUUUGCCGCCGACCAGGACUUCCUGCAUCUGGCUCUAGAGGAGCUCAAGCCGACCGCUGGUAACUUCUAUAUAAAUGACAAAUCUACAGGAUCAGUGGUGGGUCAGCAGCCGUUCGGCGGCGGCCGCAUGUCGGGCACGAACGACAAGGCUGGUGGACCAACUUAUGUAAUGCGCUGGACCUCCCCGCAGUCCAUCAAGGAGACCUUUGUGCCGCUGCGCGAUAUCGACUACCCUUACAUGCGAGACUAAGCUAGCAAGCGGUUCAACAACAUGAUACUUGAACAAUAAUUAGGAUAAAGCUAUGUAGCUAUGUUCGGAGAUGUUGUUUCAUGCCAGUGGCGGCUACAGUACUGGCCAAUCAUAUAGGACAUAUAUGAGAUCCUAUAUGUCUAAUAAAUAACCCUUAAGUAUAUAAUAUCCUCUCUUCUCUUCCUUGAUGUUAUAAAAAGCUACAUGGUUCCUGUUAUAUAUGAAAAUGUAUCAUAAUAAAAUAGUUUAUAUUUUUGGCCAGUACUGUAUCUAGGUAAUAUUUAGACUUCUAAAAUUAAUUACAUUAUGUAUAGGGACGCAACCAACAAAAUAAUAUACAUUUUAUUUAGGGACCUGCUUGAACGUUUACAAGUUACUCUUGUCCCAGUAAGGCCUAGUUUCCCCUCUGAGAUUGUCAGAUGGAAUUGCGGAAUAACUAGUGCCCGCGAAUUCUUAUAAUUUAGCCAGGGAUAUCUUCAAAGUGUUAGAGAAAGAUGACGUAUAGUUUGGCCAACAACCAUGUUAAUAGAAAAGAGCUAAAAGAACCAUGUGCUCUUCACUUCGCUAGUACCAUCUUCAGAAAAGGGAUGAGUAUUAUGUUCUGUCUGCUUUGCUACGACACUAAUUUACCAGCCAGACUAUUUUAGUUGCGUCUCUAUAACGGAUAUUAAAAGUCCGCCACUGUCCCAUAUCAUUUAAGUCAAAAUUACUAGCAGUAGAUAAAAACAAUUGAAAUGAAAUAGAUGUUAAUAUUUACCUAUUAGGUAUUGCACAUGAAGUAUUGGAAAAAUGCUGUGAUCUAUUAUUUAUUUACUUAUUUAUGCGGCUCGCUCCACAGUCGGAGACGGACUGCGUGUCUUAUCAGUUGCUAUCAGGAUGUGUGUCUGUCUGCAUUUAUAUGGUUGAUAUGAUAACCUACAUAUUUGUAGAGAGUGUUGACACUAUUGUUAUUACCUUUUUAAGUUUUAUCUCGAAGCUUGCGUUCCUGUUUUAUUUUAUAAUUAUUAUAGUCAUUGAUAUUCCAAUAAAUUGUGGAAGUUGAA